AUGUCGUCUGGGCGGGUUGUGAAGGAGGAACCUGAGGAGGAUGAUUGGCGAGCUGGGGAGGAGGGGAGUGAGGAGGGGAGUGAGGAGGGGAGUGAGGAGGGGAGUGAGGAGGAAAGUGAGGAGGAGAAUGAGAAAGAGCGUGAGGAGGAAAUUGAUGAGGAGAAUGAGGAGGGGAGCGAGGAGGUGGAGAGGGAGGAGGAGGAGGAGGAGGAAAGUGAAGAGGAAACUGAGGAAGAAAAUGAGGAGAAGAAUGCGGAGGAGAAGAAAAUCGAAGAGGAGAGAACCGAGGAAAGAAUUGAGAAGGAUGAGGUGAACGAGGAGGAGGAGGAAGGGGAGGAGGAGGGAGAGGGGGAGGAGGGAGAGGAGGAGGGAGAACGGGAGGAGGGAGAGGAGGAGGAGGGAGAGGAAGAGGAGAAGGAAGAGGAGGAGGAGGAAGAGGAGGAGGAGGAAGAGGAGGAGAAGGAGGAGGAGAAGGAGGAGGAGAAGGGGGAGGAGAAGGAAGAGGAGGAGGAGGAGGAGGAGGAGGAGGAGGAGGAGGAGGAGGAGGAGGAGGAGGAGGAGGAGGAGGAGGAGGAGGGAGUGGAAGGAGGGCGAGUAGAGGAACAGCAGAAGGAUUCACCUCCCUCGCAGAAAGAUCAGAGGCAGAAGAAAUUCCAGCCCCCCACUUCCAACGUGCAGAGCUCUCGCACCAUCCUCGCCCUCCGCACUGCACCACAGCAAGUGCGGGGAGAGAGGGUGCAGGCGAGAGGGGGAACGGCGCAUGGACGAGAUGGACGUCCCUUGAAAGAGCAGGGGCAGCAGCAGCAGAAGGGGCAGCAGUUGCAGCAGCAGGAAGGGGAGGUAGAGAAAGAGGGGCAACGAAAUCGCAGGAAGAAUGCAACCCCAAAAAGAGGAGGAUUCGCCACAGCUUAUGGUAUCGCUGCUGGUGCUGAUGGUGCUGGUGGUGCUGGUGCUGAUGGUGCUGGUUCUGCUCAUCGUCGCUCUGCUGCUGGUGCUGCUGCUGCAUCAACUGCACCUGACACAUCCCUCCCGCCCUUCCGGUUCACAUCCAAUAACGAAUGGCGGCAUUUGGACUAUGGCAACGAUCUCACCGCGCUCACUGCAGAUGGGCGGCGCGGCAGGAGCGCCGCCCGCAUGCUGGGGUUCCGGGGCGGCUGCAUUCGUCUGCCAGCGGUGCACCGGCAGAUGCUGAGGCGGCUUCUAAGGAGGAUGAUGUUCCGGGGGGAGGUGGAGCAGGCAGCAGGCGUGCUGGCGACUCUGAUGGACGCGGAUAAGGAUGCUGAAGUUACGAGACGGGCUGUUGACGAGCCUAUAUGGCUGGAGUCCCAGCAGCAGGCAGCACGGGUGCUGGCAACGUUGAUGGAUGCCGAUAAGGACGCUGAGGUGACCAGGCUCGAGUCCCAGGUAGGGAGAAAACCCCUUGCACUGAUUGAAGGAAGGUAUGAGGUGCAGCAGGCAGCACAGGUGCAGGCAGCGUUGAUGGAUGCCGAUAAGGACGCUGAGGUGACCAGGAGGGCUGUUGAUGAGCCUAUCUGGUUGGAGUCCCAGGUAGCCAGGCUUAAGCAUCGUGCAGCAGGGGCAGUGCUGCAUCUAUUGACGCCUGUGUCAACCCUCUUAUCCGUCGAUGCAAGUGCUGGUGCUGCUGCUGCGAGAGUUGUGGCACAAGGGCUUCAGCAGCAGGGGCAGCAGGAGCAUAUGCUGCUAGAUCUCGCCAAGUGUCAGAUGGAGACCAACGAGUUUGACGCUGCGUCUCAAACACUGUCCCUCAACCGCUCUCAAUCUCCCUACAACGUGCCAUACUACAAAACCCCUCCCUCUGCCACCCCUCCUGCAGAGGCGCAAGGGGCAGAUGCUGCUGGAUCUGGCCAAGUGUCAGAUGGAGACCAACGAAGGGACCUCUUGUUUCCUCCCCCCUUCCCUCUGUAUGCAGUGUCGUCAACCUCCCUCCCUAUCGCUCUGACCCCUCUCCCCCUCCUCUUCUGCGCGCUCAUCCAGCACUCCCACUGGCUCUCUGCCGCCCAGAAGGACCUUCUGCAGCUGCCCUCCACCUCUCCUUUCCCCUCCCUUGUUUCCCCCCCCUGUCUCUGUCUUGUGCAGGGUGGUCAACCUCCCUCCCUACUGCUCCGAUCCCUCCCCUCUGCUCUUCUGCGCGCUCAUACUGCACUCCCACUGCCUCCUCACUGUCUUAGAAAAGACCUCUCCCCUUUUCCCCUCCACUUUUUCGCCAUCCCUCUCUGUGUCUUGUGCAGGGUGGUGAAUCUCCCCCCCUAUCGCUCCGACCCCUCCCCUCUGCUCUUCUGCGCCCUCAUUCAGCACUCCCACUGGCUCUCUGCCUUCUCAAAAUCUCUCCUCCCAUCCCAUGCCCCCCAUACCCUGCUGCCCCUCUCUGUAUGCAGUGUUGUCAAUCUCCCUCCUUACCGCUCCGAUCCCUCGCCACUCCUCUUCUGCGCGCUCAUCCAGCACGCCCACUGGCUCUCUGCCGCCCAAAAGGACCUUCUGCAGCUGCCCUCCACCUCGCAUACCCACCACGGCUUCAAUUCAGACAUGGAUGAUGGGGAGAUGAACAUGGAUCAUGGGCGGAUGGAUGGAGGGAUGGAUGGGGACAUGCAUGGGGAUAUGGAUGUGGAUAUGGGCCCUCUGCCCUUCAACCCUCACUUCGUUCUAGACUGUACCUUAGAGGAAGCUUGGGAGGCGAGCAGGGAAGAGGCAAGCACUGGGGUUCUGGCUGCGAGUCUGUCUAAGGCGGUUGGGGAGGGGGUGAAGGUGAUGGCAGGGGGGAGAGAACGAGGCAGGGGGGAUGGUGAGGAUGGGGAUGAUGGGGAAGAGGAGGAGGAGGGGGAGGAGGAGGAAGGGGAGGGAGAAGAGGAGGAGGAUGGGGGAGGAGGGGGGAGAGGAGGGAGGAGGGUGGCAGAAGAGACGUUUGCUUGGAGAGUGUGGAAGAAGGGAGGAGGGGGGGGAGGGAGAAUUGGUGGAGCGAGGGAGACGAGGGAGGGGAGUGGGGAGAGUGGUUGGAUGGGAGGAGAAGGGGCUGGAAGGAGAGAAGCAGGAGGGGGAGGGGGAGGCAAGGCUCCAAAAUAUUUUGUCCCAUGGAAGUAUGAUCUUGACCCGCUCAUCUGCCCUCUCAUUCUCCCUCCACCUCCAUCCUCCACCACCCCAUUCCGCCUGCCUCCUCUCUCUCGUCGCUCCCUCGAGCUCUCCCGAGAGGCCGCCUCCUUCCUUCUCCGCACACUGCAAGCCGAUCCCCUCUGCAUCCCAGCCCUGGUGCCUCUAGUUCAGGGCUCCAGGGGAGUGAGAGUGGCUCUUACAUCCCCCACCUCUCCUGCAUGCCUGCUGUCUCACUCAUCUCUUGAGGCGCCUCAAAAGUCGGGAGUGAGAGUGGCUCUUACAUCCCUCACCUCUCCUGCAUGCCUGCUGUCUCACUCAUCUCUCCUUCCUCUCCUGUUUCCUCUCUAUCCUCUCAUUCUAUGCACACAGAUCCUCGCAGCUCAGGGCACCAGAGGAGCGAGGGUGGUGUUUGAUCUGCUGCAGAUUUCAUCCAUGCCUGCUGUCUUGGCGAUCUCGUGCCCCUCUUCCGAUGCAGAUUCUCGCAGCUCAGGGCACCAGAGGAGCGAGAGUGGCUCUUGA